CUUGACUUGGCGUGCGACAACCAUGUCUCAGUCUCCGCUCAUUGAUGCGAACAUCUUUGAACAGGUCACACCGUAUGCUUGGGCCAACUUGGGCAUCGGUCUCACCAUUGGCCUGUCCACACUCGGCGCUGCUUGGGGUAUCUGGCUGACCGGGACCUCGCUGGUGGGUGCUGCUAUCAAGGUGCCGCGUGUGCGGUCGAAGAACUUGGUGUCGAUUGUCUUCUGUGAGGCUGUGGGCAUCUACGGAAUCAUCAUGGCCAUCAUCUUUGAACAGAAGCUUGGCCUCAUCACGGGUACCGCCCUACCCAACGGCGUCAUCUUGCCACACAUCAAGGACUACUUUUCGGGAUAUGCUCUGUUUGGCGGCGGUAUGUCGGUCGGCUUCUCCAACCUCUUCUGCGGCAUCUGUGUCGGCCUCGUAGGAUCUGGCUGCGCGCUCGCUGAUGCCGCCGAGCCUGCCCUCUUUGUCAAGGUCCUUGUCAUUUCUGUCUUUGCCUCGGCGCUGGGCCUCUUUGGCGUCAUUGUCGGCAUUGUCCAGACUUCAUCGGCCUCUCUUGGUGCCAAGUAA